CGCAGCUAUUCUGCACAUUAGCGCACUGGCUUGUCAACAGUAAGCUAGUCGCUCAGCGCGAAUCCUGUCCAAAAAUGAUUUCCACCAGGCCAGUGUUGUCGCUUCAGGCUCCGCGGACAGAGUGUCUAUUAUUUUUCGAGAAAUGCCGGUUAGUUAGCUAGCUGAGUAAAAUAAGCUCCGUGUUGUCUUCGGGUGGAUUCCCAAACCGAUUCUGGCGUGAGGAGAAAAUGACCCAGCUCAGCGUCCGUCAUUGGGCGCCGAAACACGUUGCCAGGUGGCUAAAGGAAGAAGGCUUCUGCGACUAUGUGGACCUGCUGUGCAACAGGCACCGGCUGGACGGCACCAGUCUGCUGGCCCUCAGCGAGUACGACCUCCGCUCUCCGCCGCUGGAGCUCAAGGUGCUGGGCGACAUCAAGAGGCUGAUGAUGUCCAUCCGCAAGCUGCAGAAGCAGAACAUCGAAGUGCUGGAGGAGCUGGGCGUCCCUUUCGACGGCCUCUCUCCGUCGAGCUCUGGAAGCAACCUGGAGUGGCUGUGUAACGGAGACGCCGGCAGGGACUGCGACAGCACCGACACCGCCCCGGUGGGGGAGGAGUACCAGCAGUACACCAACGGGAAGUACAAGCAGCAGACGAGACGCCUCGAUCCCGAAUGCUGGAAGACGGUGCUCAGCUCCGUCUACGUGGUGUUUGUGUUCGGCUUCACGUCCUUCGUCAUGGUCAUAGUGCACGAAAGGGUGCCGGACAUGCGCACGUACCCGCCGCUGCCUGACAUUUUCCUCGACAGCGUGCCCAGGAUACCAUGGGCCUUCGCUAUGGCGGAGGCGUGCGGCGUGAUUCUCUGUAACAUCUGGCUGCUGGUGCUUCUGCUGCACAAACACAGGUCCAUCCUUUUGCGCCGCAUGUGCAGCCUGAUGGGGACCGUCUUCAUGCUGCGGUGCGUCACCAUGUUUGUCACCUCCCUGUCCGUGCCAGGGCAGCAUCUGCAGUGCACAGGAAAGAUGUACGGCGACUUGUGGGCCAAGCUGCAGCGGGCUGUGGCCAUCUGGAGUGGUUUUGGGAUGACCCUGACCGGCGUGCAUACAUGCGGGGACUACAUGUUCAGCGGCCACACCGUCGUCCUCACAAUGCUUAACUUCUUUGUCACAGAGUACACUCCACGAAGCUGGAACUUCAUCCACACCUUGUCUUGGGUCCUCAACCUCUUUGGGAUCUUUUUCAUCCUGGCUGCCCAUGAACACUACUCCAUUGACGUGUUCAUAGCCUUCUAUAUCACUACCAGACUCUUCCUGUACUACCACACUCUGGCCAAUACCCGGGCAUACCAGCAGAGCCGGCGAGCCCGUAUCUGGUUCCCCAUGUUCUCCUUCUUCGAGUGCAACGUCAAUGGGCCCGUCCCCAACGAGUACUGCUGGCCCUUCUCCAGACCGGCCACGCUGAAGCGAGUGAUUGGAUAACAGACUGCAUCAUACCUGUUUUUUCUUUUUGGUUUUUUUGUGUUGUUUUGUGAAGUUGCCAACCAAGGAGGCUUGUGACAUCCUCGACAAAGACACUCGAUGUGAUUCUCACGGUUAAACCUUAGUUUUGGAGCUCGCCUCUGAAGUGCUUCUUCAUAUCAACAGUGUUUAGGUAGAUAGUGGAAAACCUACAACAAACUGAAACAUUUUGUGUUUAGUUGAACACAGUACACUAAAUUCUUUUUUUUCCUCAGAAAGGGAUAUAAUUCUGUGUAGCAUGGAUUGCUUUUUAGUAGCUUUCUACAGAAUGCAGUAAAAUCAUUUUUUUGUGAUCUUUACAAACAUAUAAUCAAUGCCAUCUGCAUUUUUCUGAGGUCAUAUUGUUGUUCACUACUGUUAACACAGCCUAAUUUCCUAGACAGGAUAACCUCUGAGACAAUGUCAUAAUCAGCCAAAUACUUGGAAAGAAAACGAUUUUCUUUGUCCCUAAAACAUGUCUUAAAUAUUUCUUCUCUUGCCAAUUAAGAGCUUACACUCUGUAGAAAUGUUUCCAUACUCCUGCUGCAUAUCGGUGUAGUUUUAGGUGAAAGAGAUCUCCAUGCACUGUAAAUUAGAAAACUAAGACCAAUUUUGUGCUUUCUCCAGUGUUGUUCCUAUGACUUUAAUCAGUGCUAAACUGGUUCUUAAAAGAAUCAUUAAUGUAUUUGUGUAUAUUUAUUAUUUUCUAAUGUCAAUAGAUAUUUUUGUACUCUCCCUAUACAUAGUUGCUGACAUGUACAUGGAGAUAUGUUUACAGCUGCUUUGAACAGGGUGUUUAGUGUAGACUGAUUUCUGCCGUUUCAUUGAGAGAAAGUUGCCAUUGUUGUCAUUGCAGCUUGUUAGAAACAUAGUGGAUUGAACAAUCCAAAAUAUUCUUUCAUUCAGAAAGGUUGUGUCCAACGCCUCUUUUUUUUUUUUGAUCAGUUGUUUCUUUCAUUAAAGAACUAGAAAAACU